UAUAUAUUCUAUUUUUGAAGAGCACUUAAAGGAACUUUACAGAUAUAAAAGGCAAAAAAACAAACACAUUUUUACAUUGUGCAUAUGUACGGAUUUUUUCUUCCUAAGACCUUAACGUCUUUUAUUUAAGAGUUUUUUGAUGUUUUAAAUAAAGAUAUCAAAAUUUGGGAGAAUAGUUUAUUAGAAAGUAAAAAUUGUUAAUGAUUCUACCAAAGCUAACCAAAUGCUAAAUAUGUUUGCAUUUUUUUGGAGUAAAAAGACAAGAGUUGAAGAGUGCAGCAUUUGCGAGAUUAGAGAUCCAGAAGAUAUUGCUGGUUGCACAUGAAGUUGGAUCUGCAACCAAAAAUGAUUAAAUCAACAGACAAACUCAAAACUUGUUACCUCCUGUUGAUACUUCUGAAUCUCACAUAUUCCUCCUAUAUUUCAUCCUCUAAGAAAAAUCUCACCGGGAGAAUUUUUUACUACACUGCACUACAUUUUUCAAAAUGUCAAAUUCGUUCUGCUUCUUUGUUUGAGGCUCAAAAAUGCAUUUGUGUGUUAUUGACUAAUGAUACAUUUGAAAAUCGCAUUUUGAGCAACCAAUUGACAACAAGGGUUGAAUAUUUAUUGAUUACAUUACUGAGAAGGGGAUACAGAAAAAAACAGCUGGAUGAACAGGAGCAACUGACGAGUUUGCAUACAUACAAACCUCAAUGCCAACUUUCGCAGUAUUUCAAUUUAUACGGAGAUUUAGCAAUCACCUACGAAGAGAAUCAAAAUAAUCCAGCUUACUUGAAUAGCUGCGAUAAUGCUAAAUCUACUGGCAAUCUCUAUCUCCCUGUCAACUUCAAUCGAACAUACAUCAGAAGGCAUCUAUUGUAUUGGAAAUCAACUGAUAUACGAACAUUCAUUGUCAUGUGUUCCCUGGAAUGUACCUCCAUGAUAAUGGAAACAGCUGUACACGGGGGAGUUGAUGGUCAAGAGUAUACGUGGAUUGUACAUCAUCGUGACAUUAUGGUUGCUAAAGUUAGCCUGCCACAAAAUUUAUUAAUUGUUACGGACAAGAAAGAGUUUCAUGAAAAAUAUACACCAGAGGGAAACAAAGCUCCAUGCUAUCAUUUAUCAUAUAAAAAACACAUUACCAACACAACAAUAAAAAGUAUGGCGACAUUUACAGGAGAAGAGGGAUCGUCUAUAUACGCUAAGACAAAGGGGUACAAACUGAUAGCAGUAGCUGAUUAUGCAAACGACAGGAUCAUUUUUAAUUCUAAAGCGGAAAGAACACUAGAGCUCUUUCCACAUAAACAUGCACUGCCAAUGCGCAAUGUAAGGGUGGUGACAGUUAUUGAUGCUCCAUUUACAAUGAUACACAAACAUUCAGAACAUAUACUGAACUACGAUGACAUGACAUGCAGUACAGGCAAAUUGUGUUGGCAAUACGAGUUGCAUAACAAUACCAAAACACGCAUUCCAUACUGCUGCUAUGGCUAUUGCAUAGAGCUUUUAAAUUACCUUUCGGAGGCCCUGCAGUUAGUAGCGGAUAUUUAUAUGGUUGAAGAUUCGGCAUACGGUCAAAUUGUAAACGGAACUUGGGUUGGUAUGGUGGGUGAUGUUGUUGCAGGAAAAGCCGAUCUUAUCUUAGCAAGUUUAUCCAUCAAUUCUAAACGAGCACAAUAUAUCGAUUUCUCCUAUCCGUAUAUGACUGGUGGUGUUGCCUUCGUGGUGAUGGAAGAACGAAGUCAACUUGGUUUCUUCAACUUCGAAUCAUUCGAACCAUUGUCAAUCCAAUUGUGGUUGAUAAUUAUUCUAUUCACCUUCCUUUCCAGUUUUUUGUUAGUUGCCAUGGAAGAGAAAUGCUUUGUCAAUAGAAACCAGGAUGUACCUUGGGAGGACCAUUCUUAUCCAUGGGCAGAGAGCAUCACAUAUCUGAGUGGUUUGGUGUUUCAAAAGGAUAUUGCGGGUAAGAAUCCGCAAUAUUUGAGCACGAGGAUAAUUUCUGUUAUGAUUGCUUUAGUCAUGAUCAUCAUCAUGUCAACAUACACUGCGAUAUUGACAGCGAGUAAAGUGACACACAAAACGAAGAUUCCAAUCACUGGUUUAAAUGAUAAAAAGAUUCAAAAUCCAACGCAUAACUUCAAAUUUGGAACACUUGAAAAUUCCGUUUACAGUCAACUGUUUUCAGAAAGUGAAGACCCAACUUGGAAUCGUAUUGGUGCGUUUAUGAACAACUACAAUUACAUUGACUCGGAUGUUGGAUUUUCAAAAUUAAAAUCGGGGGAAUUAGACGCCAUCUUUCAAGGUUCUUACAGUUCUCUGCAUUACAUGUCCAAAGAUUGCAGGUUGCAGUUUGCUGGAGAUAUCAUACCAGAAUCCGGUUUUGGACUAGGUUUAAAAAAAGGAUCUUUACUUAAAAACGAGAUCUCAGAAAUGAUCCGGAAAUAUGAAGAAGACGGGACAUUGUCUAAAUUAAACGACAAGUGGAUUGAUAAAGUAUGUUCAGAAGUUGAACAUGGGCAAACAAUAGAAGUAUUCCAUCAAUUUGGUAUUACUUAUUUUGGUGGGCUGUUUGUGGUGAUGAUGUUUUGGACGGCGUUAUCUGUGCUAAUUCUGAUAAGCGAAAAAAUAGUUAGUAGAUUUUGUGCGAGAUGUAAAGGAAGGCAAACAAAAGUCGAAUUAGAGGAUACAGAAAGGACUUUAUUUUACAUCAAUAAGAAUCCAGGUUUAUCUGAUAGCCUGUGAUCUGAACAUAUAAUAUUAGUUAUAAUCUAUUAUUUAAUUGACGCAUUCACAUUUAAUUUAAAUAGUAAAUAAACCUCGCCAAAAAGUGUAUUCAGAAUUGUAUCAAAAUAUCCACUCAGCACGAAAAAAGAUUGCGGUAUGGUCAUAUACAUUGGGGUAUAAUCAUACGGGAGGGGACGGGAGAGGUUAUAACUGUAAUGCUCACGAAUUUUAUUAUACAUAUAUUAGACACCUGUCUACUAAACUAGAUCUCAUACGUCCCAGAGCAUUACAAACCACCCCAUAAAUUUUUAUGAGAUGCUUAUAAACGGCAAAUGUGUUAACUUCUUUUUUACUUUAUAUUUGGAACUUAAUACUUACACCAAUUUUCCCAUGUCUUCACAUUUAACUCGAAAACAGAGAAAAACCUAGUUUUUCAGCUAUAUUUGGCGCUUCAUCAUGCGAAAUGUUAGAACGUUAGUAAUUUGGUUUUAAACAAGCCCCGAAAAAUGCUGCCAUGAGCAAAAUUUUAUUGCUAUCGUGCCUCUCUUCUACCAAGUUUGAUUCUGUUUGCAACGCCUAUUAAAAGUUUUGGGGAGUGCGAGACAGUGAGGGUACGUAUUAUUUUACUUUUCGCUUAAGA